UGGAAGAUGGGCUGGCGGCUUAGUGAAGACGCCGGCGUCGCUCUCAUCUGCUCGGAGAGCAGUAAACUGGCCUUGUACUGCGCUCGAUUGCACAUUGGCAUCGCGCCGACAAGAAAUCAGAGCUCCGCCGAGCACGCCAAGGCUAUUUACAGGCGAACCAAACGCAUCCGUUGUGCUCGAGUCGUCGCCAUUCGGUAUGCCUGGCCAGCCGCUGUCUCGCCUCUGAAUGUCUUUGGACUGCCGGCAGAAUUGGCUGAAUUAGCUCUCGACAACCACGAGGCGCUGGAAAUCGAGCCCCUCUUCCACUUCGCCAUCGUCAACGGCUACACUGUGCUGGAGAACCUGAGCAAGAAGGCCCUAAGGGAAUACAUUCACACCCUGAAGUUUGCGCAACCUGAUGGAGACGUUCGGAUGACGAUGGGGUCGAGGAAUUUGGUCAGAACCCACCGGUGCCUCAGCCAGCCUCAUUCUUCCAACGCCUGUGGACCUUUUUCGAGCGCCUCUUUUGUCGGUGCUUGGCCUGGCGUCGAUAUCAUGAGGAUUGCUCUGGUCAUCUCAGUUUUGUUUUGCUGCAUUUUUCUGCAAGUUUGUGGUCAAAAAAAUGUCAACGAAGAAUGGGACGAGAAGGCGUGGACUCAGGCGUGCGAAUUCGUGCUUCAGUAUCACUCGCAGUGGCCGAUUCGCAGGGCCGCCAUCGCCUACUACGCUUUAAAAGGAAGAGAAAAUUACAUGAGGGAGCUUGUGAUGGCUUUUUUCAAACGACUUUCUCUAGUGGGUGUCUCGUCCAGUUUUGUCAGAAUACCUGAUCCGAAGGCGGUGGAAGUGCUUCGGUUGAAGGAGCCCAAUCAGCCGCCGAUCACUUGCAUCCUCAUGCUCACACCCAACGACCCCACUUCUGGAUUUGUCAGAGCAGCUGCCGACUCUGGAGGCACAACUGGCAACGCGGUGUCAUGGAUCCACAUCCGAUUCAGCAACCAGCGCAACCUGACGACAGACAUUGGUCUCCGGCCGGACACUGACCUCGUCUCUGCCCACAUUCAAUCGGAGGGCCUUGCCAAUUUGUAUCGCUGGAACGGCAUUUUGCACACACUGAAGUCCAACUGGGACGGUAUCGGGCAAAAAGUGCCCUCUGACAUCGCCGACCAACCCAACAUGGACCUGCUCGGGCAGAGACUGAGCGUGGCAAUCUUUGACGAUCCUCCGUUUGUGUAUGCGGCGAACAUUACAUCCAACACCGCGAUAAAUGAAGCUCUCAUUUCGGGUUGGAUGGUGGACAUUUGGAAGGACUUGCAAAACAUUCUGAAAUUCAGAACCACUUACUACAGGCCGGCGAGGGUGGACUUGACGGUUGGCAUGUUUAGGCGCGCCGUCGAGGAAUUAAAAUCGGGCCGCGCCGACGUCGUGUUGUCGCCGUUCGUCAUCACCGCCGACGACAUCGAUCUCGCUGAUUUUUCCAUGCCGAUCAUCAACCUCAAGUACAGGUUCCUUUUGCCGCGAGUUUCGGCCACGUCGAGUAUCGACCAGUUCAUCCAGCCGUUCCAGUUGCUGCUUUGGCGUGUCAUUGCCUUGGUUUGGACGUUGGCUGUGAUUUUGAUCACGGUCGCGUACAUUUUAGGGCGCUAUUAUGGAUUCGAAGAAGACGGAACACCCAUUUUCUCCCUCAAAGAAUCCAUUAUGAUCAUUUAUGGCUCUUUGUUUGCGCAAGGACCUGAUUUUGCUCCACUGUCUUAUUCCGGGCGAAUAGUAUUGUGGGUCUCCUUCCUUGUUGGGGUUGUCGUGAGCCAGGCUUUCUCGGCCGCCCUGAUUUCGAAACUAACCGUCGGUACUUUGGAGCCACCAUUUAAAACGUUGGAAGAAAUGAUAAGUUCGCCGUACACAGCUCUUUAUGCACCAGACUCGGCGCCUCAACGACUCAUAAACAGUGCAACGAAAGGUUCGUGGAAGGAGUUGGGUGAGCGAAAACCGUACCCCCGAAUCAUGCCACGAUUGGCGGACGCGGUGACCGAAGUGUCAAAUUCGUGGACCUUGACGACCCUGCUGGAAACGAGGGAACGAAUCUUGCCUUUGAUCAACAAAGCGCCGUACAAUUGCAAAACAACCCUUUUGCCGACGGACAUCAUGAAAGUGCAGGGCCAGCUCAUGUUCUCCAAGUCCUCCCCUUACAAAGCAGCAAUCGACCAACAGCUCAUUUCAAUGCGCGCAAGUGGACGUCUGUCGAGGGCCCGUUCGACUUGGCUCGGUUUGUAUUUCGAAGAGCCCUGCCCGAAGGACACGACUCUGCCGCAGUUCGGAAUGGAAAGCGUCGUUUUACCCUUUGCAAUUUUGGCUGCUGGCCUGGUCGUUGCCCUGCUGCUUUUGGCCGUCGAGUAUGCAAUUAAGAAAUGGUUUGGCCGACUCAUGUCAGACGAGGACGGCCCGACGGCCCUGCAGGAGAUUGCAAGGACGAAGGGAAUUCGCAUCUCCAAGCACUGGCUACGAGUGCAACAAAGUUUGCCACUCCCUCUAUCGAAGACAGAGUAGAAAAAAAUCUCCUUUCUAUGGGAUUUUUGAAUUAAUUAUUAUAAUUUAUCACUCUUCAGGGAUGGCUAAUUUUAUACAUAGAGAAUUAAUUUAAA